AUGAUGACACUAAUUACAGCACUGAAUGCAGAUGAUAAAAAUAUAUUGGAGAAUAUUGUUGAUGAACAAAAGCGAUGGCGAAAGGUUAUUAUUGAAGCGAUGGAAGUGCAACAGGCAAAGCACUACAAGCAAUCGCUUAAUUUACAUCACAGGCCAAUUCUCGAAAAUAAUAACAAUCAAAGUAUUAAUGUUCAGAUACUUAAAAUGCAAUGCUUUACUCGAACUUGUACAGAAAUAUUUGUGGUGCUUUACAAUGAUAAGCCAAUUCCUGCAGAGAUUAUCGUAUCAGAUUUAUCACUUUUAUCUCUUCCUCGGAUAUCCGCACGACUAGGAAUUCCUGUUGAAUCGAUAACAACGUUAUUACCAACUGGUAAUGGGAAAUCGCAGUGGUGGAUUGUAGCUGUGGUAAUUGGUAUAGCGACCAGUAUCAUUGCAGCAGGAUGGCUUUGCUUAUUUGUUUAUUACAACAGCUGCGGUCGACCGUAUGCUACAACUGCCGAGAAACCCCUCAUACACACUAUUUUUUUAAAAGAUAAAUUCAUUCAAACUGCCGAAAGUGAUAAUGGAGGCAAAUACUUUGAUGUUCAACCACGAGAUACUGAAAGUAAUAAAAAAAAGAGUCUCAAAACGUUAUCCACUGAAAAUGAUUCUUUAAGAAGAAUGCAAAAAGCAAUAGAAGAUACUUCAGUGAAAGAUGUUCUAUCAGAACCAACGGCAGUAGCAGCAUCAGCGAGCAUCACUAAGCAGCAUGUUACCACGAUGGACACUGACCAGCACUUCGAUUAUCCAAUCAGCAUCAUAACCAGACCAAGAAGAAGGGAAGAUUUGCGUAUUCAUAAAUUGGAAUCUUUGAGCGACAUAUCAGUACCUCCGUUGAAGGAAAUUUGUAUGGAGGUAAUGUUGCAUCAUAAGAAAAAAUUGCACCCUCAUCCAAUUCCACCAACGAUAUCUGGUAUUUUGGAAGUUAGAAGUUUUACUGAACAGAUGUAUCGCAAUCCAAUGAACUGUCUAUGA